AUACGUGGCAUGGAUAGACGAUUGCUCAGAAUGAGAGGGACAAAGUGUGCGUUGCAGGAAAGUUGUUCGUCGGAGGAUGGCGGCUUCCAUCGCGAAAUUCUGCUGCUGCCGCAGAACGGACAGCAGGAGGGAUCCUUCAAUUCUUGCCGAUUACUUUUGUUCUCUCACGUGCGCAGACUGCAAAAAGACGGAGACCGCUGUCUACACUUUACUACCACCUCCACUGAAACCGAGCGGCCGGAACGACACAGAGGUCAGCGCUGCUCAACGGCUCUUCACCUGGCUCCACAGCGGUUUCGGAGCCAUUUUGACAUCCAGGGAGAUGCCGCAAGGCAUCAAGGAAGAAGGAAGCAUUACACCAGACCUUCUGUUCCCACUGGUGCUCCAGUCGCCGGGGCCAGUUAUCUUCACCGUGUUCGCCCUGUUACUGACCGUGGCUGUUCCGCUCUCUGGACUGGCGGUACUCCGAAAGCGCUGCAAGGACCGGCCCGAAGAGAAAGCAACCAGUUUCACCAACCCCCCCGACUCCGUUGGCAAGACAACGUUCUUUCUUUGGAUACUGCUUCUAUGCCUUACGAUGAUGUGCCUUGGCGCGCUUGCUAUGAUGCGGCACGCCUCCAUGGCACUGGACGCAGCCGCGGAGCAGCAGCGAUACCUGGCGAAGAACUUGCCAGUUAUCUUAACAAAGCCGUCGCAGGACUUGGCUUUAAUAGCCGGGGAGAAUAUCGACGAGUUCUCAAAGGCAAUUGAUCAGCGGAUCAAAGGCAAGCACGUUUUGAAGCUUUUACGUGUAUUAACACCUUUAGGUUAUUGCUUUCGUAUACCGUAACGCUAUUAGAAUACCACCUUUGCCAGCAGAGAGGCAAUGAAGCCAAAUAAUGUACAUAAGAAAAUACAGCAUUUUUCCUUCUAUAUGUGUUCUUGGUUGAAAUAUAUUGCGAAUAAAUCAGUUUUAAUUAACAUCCGAAGAGUACACAGCUUGCUGCAAGCAACAUCCAAAACUACAUCCAGACGACGCAUGCGGUGCUCUGACAGUUUACCUACAGUUGCGACAAAACCACCCGUGCCCUUUCUGGGCUGAAUAAUCAAAUGCGUCACCCAUCAAGUUCAUCGAGUGUUCAGCCAGGUUGCAUCUUGUUCAUCGCCUGUUCA